UUGACUCCAGUCAGAAGAAACAAAGUUUUCGGAGCCUCCAGCCAGCUGAUCCCAGAUCCGAUUUCAGAACCGGUUUCUGCAUUUUUCACUCAGACUGUUGGGAAGAUUGUUGGCAAAAACUACAAUGGCUGACAAAUUCGACUGUGACCACUGCAAAGAAUCCCUGUAUGGUCGCAAGUACAUCCAGUCAGACGACAGCCCGUACUGCAUCCCCUGCUACGACAGCCUGUUUUCAAACACGUGCGAUGAAUGCAAAGAGCUGAUUGGUCACGAUUCAAGGGAGCUCUUCUACGAGGACAGGCAUUACCAUGAGCAUUGCUUCCGCUGUUUCCGCUGCGAUCGCUCUUUGGCAGAUGAGCCCUUCACCAGCCAGGACGACGCUCUGCUCUGCAACGACUGCUACUGUAAUGAAUUCUCCUCCAAGUGUGUAGCCUGCGACAAGGUUGUCAUGCCAGGCACAAGAAAGCUGGAGUAUGCAGGUUCCACAUGGCACGAGGGCUGCUUCACCUGCCACAGCUGCGAACAGCCGAUCGGCUCAAAGUCGUUUAUUCCCGACAAAGACGAGCACUACUGUGUGUCCUGCUACGAGGAAAAGUUUGCUCCACGCUGCACGCGCUGUCAAAAGGCUCUGGCUAAAGGUGGGGUAACCUAUCGAGAGGAGCCGUGGCAUAAGGAGUGUUUUGUGUGCACCAGCUGUAAGACACAGCUGGCGGGUCAACACUUCACCUCCAGGGAUGACAGCCCUUAUUGCCUUAAGUGCUUUGGCAACUUGUACGCCAAGAAGUGUGAGGCCUGCAGCAAACCAAUCACAGGUUUUGGAGGAGGGAAGUACAUCUCAUUUGAAGACCGUCAGUGGCAUCAGCCGUGUUUCACCUGCUCCCAGUGCUCCGUCUCUCUUGUGGGCGCCGGCUUUUUCCCCGACGGUGACCGGAUCCUGUGCCGUGGCUGCCACAGCAGCCUAUAGAACCCUCGUUUACGAUGAUCGCACCAUUCCUUCAAACCUUCAACUCAUUUUACGGCUUUUCAAAAACAAUAAAAUGCUGCCUCAGGUUGUUUUAA